AUGUCGAAUUCAACAGCGAUUGUAGAUUGUACAUUCAAUCUUAUUUCUUUAGUACUCGAUACGAUCGCUAUUUUUACUUGUGUUAUAUAUAUAUGUGCUAUUGUUUAUCGAUUUAUCGAAAUUAAAUAUAAACAUGGUCAAUUAAGAAUUGAUAUACCAUUAAUACUUACUAUUAACAUUAUUUGUUCUAUUCUAAUUAAAAGUACUUUACAAAUUAUUCAUGUGACUGUUCCAACAUUAAUCAAAGAUUUUCAAAUAAUGAAUAAUCUUCAAAAUGUAUUGUGUUAUCGAUUUCGAGCCUAUAUACUUUGGUCAAUGGUUGGUGUAUUAUAUUGGAGUUAUAGUCUAUUAGCAUUCUUUCGAUUUACUCGAGUGAUAUAUUCAACAAAACUAUGGCUUCGUCGAUUAUCACUUUAUUUAUAUGUACUAAUUCCUUGUCAAUAUAUAUUUGUAUUUAUUAGUUUGUUACCAUCACUUGUUAUAUUUAAUAAUAUAGAUCUGAUUCUAAAUGAAGCAUAUUGUGGUAUUGUAUACUCGCAAUUCUAUGCUUCGGUUUAUGAAACUGCUAUAACGUUUUCUAUACCUUUCAGUAUUGUGGGCAUAUUUUAUGUUUGCAUUUUUCGAAAAAUGCGAGAAACAACAGCAAUACGUCAAGCCCAAGAAUUAGAUAGACGAGAUUAUAUUGUCAUACGUCGUAUGGGGUUAAAUAUGAUGCUUCUAAGUAUAUUGGCAAUUCCAUUUGUAACUAUAUAUAUAAAGGAUAAAAUUCAAAAUCAUUAUGAAUCAAUUUUAUAUAGAGUUGAAUGGUUAUCAUCAUCCGUUGGGUCUGGCUUAUUUUCAGUUACACUUCCAUUCAUCACAACGCGGUUACGUGAUAUCCUAAAACCAAAUGGAAUAGCACCAAUAAACAAUCAACAUAUGACUUAA